GCCGCGACGGGUGCAUCUCGCGGCAGUUCGCGGUCGUCCUCUAAGGCAGGCUCAUUAGUCGCUCUGAACAUCCCCGGCCGCGGCGGACACACGUUUUUCACACAUACUUUCACCUCGCUUGCCGAUCCAUUUUCCCUCGAUCCCCCGCCUCUUCCGCGCCCCGACUGCUUAGACGGAUCGCUUAGCCCGAUCGCUUAGAUCCUCUCGCUAUUUCAAUUUUUCACCCUCGAUCGAGUCAAACCCCUCUGACGAUCCGGAGGGUGAGAUCACUCUCGGUCGGAUGGACUCUGGCACACGUGCGAGUGGCCGCGCUCGGCUGAACCGCGCGUGUUUCUCAGCGUUCGAUCUACGCGCGUAGAUCUCCCCCUCUCGCGAUCCCCCAGAGAGAGAGAGAGAGAGAGAGAGAGAGAGAGAUUGAUGCCGGUUUCGACAGCACCUUGUCACCAUUGUCAUCUGCCGUCCCGUUGAUAUCCGAUCGCGCCGGAAGUUAGCUGUCCCCAAUAUCGCGUUAUUUCCGGGAUCGUUCGCGCGAGUCCAAGUGCGGGGAGGCCCGUAGAAGAAGCUGAACCGAGUGAAACGAGGCGACGUCGUCCGCGACGCGCGACCCGGACGGGAAGGUCGUGUAGGCGUCGAGGUUGGCCGGGGUUGUCGACACGACGACGGCGGCGGCGACGGCGGUGGCGGCGGCGGCGGCGGCGGCGGCAGCAGCGGCGGCACGUUGCGUUCGCGUUUCGGCUGCUAAUGGUCGAAACGUCAAUCCGUCACCUCACGCUCAAGUUCCCGAUGCUGCAGCCGCCGUCUCCCCUCCUGGAGAUGGCGUCCCUGCGACUACCAGACUCGGAGGAGUUCGACGUUGAUACGCGCCGCAGGAGUAACAACGUGCCGGCGAGCACGACAGUCGUCGCGCCGCCGGGUACCGGCACCCUCCUGCAGAUGCGGAACGAUCUCGGCGAUUAUCUCAGCAACCUGAUCACGGAGGCGAUCGCGACGACGACGAGCCCGCGUGCCACGAUGGAGGAUCACCAUCACCAGCACCAGGUCCACGCCGGCCUGUUCAACGCCAGCAAGAACCUAUCGGCGCUCGAGUACGCCCCCGAUCGGCUCUACAGACACAGCAUGGCCAUGUCGGCGGUCUACUGCGUGGCCUACGUGGUGGUCUUCGUGGUCGGCCUGAUCGGCAACAGUUGCGUGAUCGCCGUGGUGUACCGGUCGCCCCGCAUGCGGACCGUCACCAAUUUCUUCAUCGUCAACCUCGCGGUGGCCGACGUCCUCGUCAUCGUCUUCUGCCUGCCGGCCACGUUAGUCAGCAACAUCUUUGUCCCGUGGAUCCUGGGAUGGUUCAUGUGCAAAGCGGUCGCUUAUAUACAGGGCGUCUCCGUGGUAGCCUCCAUCUACAGCCUGGUCGCGGUCUCCCUUGACAGGUUCUUGGCGAUUUGGUGGCCGCUAAAAUGUCAAAUCACGAAACGGCGAGCUCGCAUGAUGAUCGUCGUGAUCUGGUUCAUCGCCCUGACCAUGACGUCGCCCUGGUUGCUGUUCUUCGACUUGGUUUCCAUCUACGACGACGAUCCGGACUUGCGUCUCUGCAUAGAAACGUGGCCGCAUCCCAAAGAUGACACGCUGUUCUUCGUGAUUGGCAAUCUAACUCUUUGCUACGUGCUGCCGAUGAUACUCAUAUCCCUUUGCUACAUUCUCAUUUGGAUCAAGGUGUGGCGCAGGCAUAUACCCACCGAUACCAAGGACGCCCAGAUGGAGAGGAUACAGCAGAAGUCGAAGGUGAAGGUGGUCAAGAUGUUGGUCGUCGUCGUGAUACUCUUCGUGCUCUCAUGGUUGCCUCUUUACGUAAUCUUCGCCGUGAUCAAGCUGGGCGACGUGGCGGAAACGGAGGACGAGAUCCUGCCGAUCGCCACGCCGAUCGCCCAGUGGCUCGGCGCCAGCAACUCUUGCAUAAAUCCGAUCCUCUACGCUUUCUUCAACAAGAAGUACCGUCGCGGCUUCGUCGCUAUCCUGAAGAGCGGCCGAUGCUGCGGCAAGCUCAGGUACUACGAGACCGUUGCGAUGAUGUCCUCCUCGACGAGCAUGAGGAAGUCCUCCUACUACGUCAACAAUAACAACAACAACUCGUCGACGAGGCGUGCCUGGCACGGACCGCCGGUCCACCAAGACAGCAAUGUUUCCUACAUAUUUAAUCACACCGGCGUGUAAUUGUAGUCGCGUGAGAGUAGCCCUGAGAUUAGCCUCGCUUUAUUGCGCAGAUUUAAUAUUGAUCCGAUCGAUAAACUGAAGUAGAACGCGGUGGCCUUUGUAUCUCGAUCGACCGUCCUUACGGUCGAAUCCGAAAUCUGGCCGAAGUCAGAGCCAGUCCGAGAAUUACGGAUCAUCUUGCGGAUGAUCGACAUGAUUGUUACUCGGGCCGGAAGUCGCUGACGGAAAGACGGGACGGAAACAGAAGAAGAGACUCCCUUUCCUAGCAGACCAUGAAAUCACAUUGUGAACGUCGCCCUGCCAUAUUGUCCUCUUAAGACAUUGUUAUUUGGAUUUUUGUCACAAUGUUAGCCACUGCGUACACACAAUAAGCCCUAGUUGUUAAGACGAGUUCGCCGCUGCGAGCGCGCGGUUGUGCAUUUGUUCGCCUAACGACACGACGAGGAGGUAGCUUUCUAGGUGAUGCAGGAGGACGGGAUUUACGCUUCAAUGAACCUUAGAACUUAUUCUAUAUCGUUCGGGAUACUAUUUGUACGAUACGUUCGCAAGCGGGGAGCAUAAGUUAAGUCUACCAAUUAAUAAUGUAGAGCGGGAGAUGUGGAGGAGUUUGUUACGAUUGCGGCGGUGCAUGCACCCUUGUGUGUCGAGUACGUAAUUAGCGCGAGAGCGGGUGAGCGUGGAGAUGACGUCGGGGAUGAUGACUCGCGCGAGCGCACGGAUAUACGCGCCGAGUCGAGUCGUUGUCUCUCGUCACCCGGCAGGCACUUCCGUCAUGAGAACAAACAAUUAAGCCGAUCCUCGUCGGCGGGAUACCUUGCGUAAUUAAGGAUGACGGAAGUGGAGGCGUGCGCGCCAAUUAACACGGUGGCGCUUUAUCAAAUGCGGCGCAGCGUGGUGUAAAGGCCUCGAUUUCGAUCCGAUUCCGAUUGGUUCACGCGAGUUGGGGCGGACUGAACAGGACGUUUGGUGAAAUAAAUCGCGUAAGGCUCUGGUAUUAUCUACACCACGUAUCCACGGGUAUCGCAUGUCGCAGGUUCAUUCGUAUACGUUGAGACCACCACCAGUUGCACCAAACUUGAGAUUAGAUAACACGAAGCCGUAGUGAGACGAAAGAGCACGCAGCAAUUUGCAGAAUUGUCAUUAGGACAGUUUGAUAUUCUACUUACGAGGGAGGGAAUUUGUUUAUAUUUUACGGGAGAAAACACACUGAUCGGUAGGUUGUGGCUGGUUUCCUUGUAAGACAAUGACUCACGCCAUUCUCUAUUGUGCAUCUCUAAUGUUGAUUAAACAAUUUUAAUUCUACGAUAUAUUCAUUCUUAUACAGAGCAGAAUAAAAAAAAAAAAGAUUGGAUUAAUAAUAAAUUAAUCGAAUUUUUGUAAACACUACCAGCACACGUAACUUGUCAUGUACCUAAGGUAUAAUUGUUAUAAUUGUAUAAAAUACGUAUAUUUUCUUACCGAGAUGCUAAUCGGCGAUAUUUGUUUGUGGUCCGUGCGACGUCGUUGUUUUCUACAUUUGCGACUUGUGCCAAAGAUCUGGAAAAAAAAAAAAAAAAAUUAUGGCAAUGCAAACGUGUGAGAUAAAGACGUCUCUGAAAGACCGAUCUCCUUUUGUCCGAUUUCGUCCUUAGGACGAUUUUUUAAAAGAAUUUCUUACAUUCUUGUAUCUCAUCACGGGAAAAGUCACGCGAUCGAAUGGCGAUCUGAUUCGCAGUAGAGUGCAUCAUUGUUUAUUAUGCGUUCGUCCUCGUUUUCUUGCUGGAUUAAUUGACAGGGUUUUUUCGAGCUUGAUUCGAGCUUCGCGUUUACACGUCGAGAUUUGUGCGGAUUGUUCCGAGGGUUGUACAAUUCGCGUAGCCUUCUGAAGUUCACGACGUUUGUCGCAGCUUGUCACCUUGUCGCGAUCAUCUGUUGACGAUAAAAGGGAAAAGGCGUACUUUGUUCCAUUGGUAUCGCGCGAUCGAUCAGAUCGCGGAUUUCCGCGCGAUAGAGCAAUCGUGUUUGAUCGCGAAUUACUCGUUACAUUUUUAAGAGCCGAGAGAUGAUCGGCUCUUGCGUUUUUUCCCCUCCCAAAGGGCAGCGGGACUUUACCUUGAAUCCUCGUAGCUGAUAAGAUGGUAACCGCCGGAUUUUAUGAUAGAGCAGAGAUUAUUUUCGUAAGGUUUUUAUACGAGAGAGACAAGGCGAACUGUAGAUUUAACUGCAGAAUUAUUACGUAGCCAUCGAGUCUACUCCAAUUCAUAUCCGCCGGUGGCGAUUAAGUGUAACAAUGAUAAUAAAAUAGGAUAGAAAAGAAUGAAGAAGGGACGCGCCGUGAGGACAACGCGUUCGAUAGUGGCAGCAAUCGACUGGACAGACGUAGGAAACGAUAAGGACUUGAAAUUGAUACGAUUUCUCGCUGUAGGUUCAAAUUUCGAUGCUACAGGCGCUCACACUUGUGCACAUACAUGCGCGCGCAUGAGCGGAAACGAUCUCCGAAUAAUACACGUGAGUUGACGCGUCCUGUAGCAUUGGCAACACCCGCGCCGGAAUUACGUCGGCUGUAACACCCGGCGAUAAUCUCGAGCCGCAGCUAUACAACAACGUGUAUGAAAUGGCGAAUACGUGUAACGAGUAAUCAAGUGUACGGGCAUGAAUAUAACUCACUGUAGUAUGCAUGUAAGGAUCAAACGUAAGUUCUAUCCGCUCUGUCUGCAUGUACGUGCUAUAUAUGUAUACCUACUGUUGCUACGUUGUUAUUAAAUACACACCGACACUCACACGUUUACAGCAGACACGUUCCCAGAUUCAUCGGUUCCGUCGAGGAUCCGUUUUUCGUAUACUGCAGAUUAUUAAUUACUGUUAUUGAUUGGUCAGUCCUUGCCGCAGAAUAUUUUCAACGCGCACACACUUUAACGAACGUUUCAUAACUUUUUGGAGCUUUUGUUUACAAAACUACAAGGCAAUUAAUGAAACGCAAAUCCGUUGCGAGAAUUAUCCUCCCUUCCGCGUUCAAUUUUUUUUUUCACGAUAACUGCAUCGCGUAGUUAUUCUUACGUUAAAUUGUUUAUUAAGAGAAAUAUUUUAAUUAGCGGGGAGAUUAUAUUCGUUGCAUUUAUAAAUUAGAUACACACGAAAAGAUAUUGUAAUAAAUAAAUGUGAAGAAAGCGUUCAGAGAGAGCUAUUGUUGUAAAGUAAAUUUGAUAUUCUGGUAGGUUUGAAUAUUCAAAUAUUUAGAUGUCACUGCAAUUCGAUUUUAAGAUUCAAAUAAUUCAAUUUAAGAUAAAAUAAAUAGUCAAAUAAUUCGAGUGCUCUGAAUAUCGUGCAUAUUUUCUGAUUGAAUAAUUGCCGUAUUUUUGUACUGGUACCAUGUUACAAUAUACUAUUUCCACACUUAUUAGACUUGUGAUACUUUUGACCAAUUUAACACACAGAUUAUCUGUACAUAUUCAGAUAAAUGCAGAUUACAUCUUGAUAUUCAGUACUUGAAAGGUUCAGCUAUUUUGUAUCGGAAAUUUCCUGUUCAAGUUUCAUCGAGUUAUCCAAAUAAUAGAAUUGCUCGAACAUCUACAGCCUAUUCAGCUUAAGUUCUGUCACCAGGACUUACGAGGUGCAAUAAAAAAAGGAUAAAAAAGUUUACGGACCUACCGCUAUAAAAAAAUAAUUGACUAAUCCUGUUCACGGUUAUCCCCUUCUAAGUAAUACCCUUCAGAGUAAUCCCCUUUGACAUUAACUCUUAACUGGUGAUAUGAAAAAAAUUAAGAAAGUUCAGUAUUAUAAUUAAUUUGAUGAGUUUCUUUCCUCAGUUUCCCUCAGUUUCUUUACUUUUUUUAGACUUUUUCAUAUGGUUUUUUAUUUGGUACAUAUAUAAUGUUCAAGAAGAGAAAUAUUUAUUAAAAUCAAUUAUCAUUUGAUUAUCUAUAAAUUUACACAAGAAUCAGAAGAUAAAAUUUAAGCUUUGGAGUUUGAAAAAUCAAGUAUCUUUUCCAAAUUUUCAAGCAACGAUUGUCCAAAAAUCGAUUUUUGUACCUCGUACGGUUGACAUCAAAAUGGUCGAGACAUCUUUUUAGUGAUUCUUGAAAUACCUUCGAUAUCCAAUGGAAGAAUCUGUCUUAUCCAUUUUGACACUAAUACGUUUCAUGAUGUUAUAUAGUAGUAAUACGUGUUCGAGAAAUUCAUAAUCACGCCUUAAUCGCGACAAGUGUCCUGUUGUUAAUAACGCUUUCCCUUAAAUGGAUUUAAUAAUAAUUUAAAAAUUCCCGAUAACAUGAAAUGGAUAACAUUUUACAUAGAACAAAAUACAUUGCUAGCGUCUGCCAGGUAUUUUAUCAAACCUAACUAGGUUAUAACAUAUUGCAAAUACUUAUAACAACGUAUUGUACGAGCGCGUGUACAUUGCACAUUUCUACUUAUUGUUAUCGUUGAUAUAGUAUCAUUUUAUGAGAUUGUUACGAUAACUCAGAAACCUGAAUCACUCACUUAAAAUCGAAUUACGUCGAUAAACAUUUCAAAACUAAUAUAUACAAUUCAAUAAUUAAUGUUUCAUUAACAUUAGCCAUUCAAAACAGAAAAUAUUUUAUAAAUUUGGUCAAUGAUAAAAGCGUGUUCAACGGAUCGCAUUAACGAUAAUUUUCAAGAAAGAUAUUGCUUUAAUGGCAGAAGAUAUAUACUUAUUCAAAGUUUUAUUAGAGCGUUUCAUCGAAAAAAUGCUUUUAUCAUGAAAUCUUUUAUAUAAUUUACCGAUCUCGUAAAUCGUUUACGGGAUAUUUUAAGAUGAAGUUGAAGAUUACCGUUUAAAAUUAAUUCCCAGAGACACGGCGGCGGGAAAAUUGCGUAGAGUAUCUGAAGCCGACGCUUAAAGGUUAAUCCAUCGUCGUGAGCCUAUUUUUUCUGAUAGCGCGUGAGAUAUGCGAGCGAAGGCAUGAAACACUAGCAUUUCUCUUGAUAGACAUAAGCAUUCUGUUAUACAAUUUUUUAUAAUCGUCUACGAGACGCUCCCUGUUAUAUUCUUAGGCAAUAGUAAUCUCGUGUCUAAGCGGGACAUGAGAUACGAUAAUUAAGCGUUUAAUUGAUAGGACGUAUCUACGGUCAUUGGUAUAAGUGUCGGUUACGCGCGCGAAGCGGCCAAGCGUGUUUAAUGACAUAUGUUGGCAGAGCCUUGGUGCAAGCGAGAUUUCCACAUCGAGAUAUCGAAAAUGCACAUCUGUUUGUAACUGCAAAGAAAUGCUUUUGUACAUUUAAAACGCCUUCUUUGCUCUUUGUAUAAAAAUGCUAUAAAGAUUCGUGCGAAAGAGACACAUCAUUUACUCGGUCGUGUUCAUAAAUUAUUAGGUUCAUGCAAAAGGAAACGGGAAGAGAUGUCGUCGAAUAAAAUUGAGAAUUAAAUUCAAGUUUCAUUAAUUGCUUCAAUUUUUCUUCACAUAAAAAAGUUUAACUUUUUUUCUAAUGUAAUUAAAAAAAAAACUGAAUUUAUUUUAAGUGGAAUUUAAUGAAAGAAUUUUUUGCAUUAACCUGGUAAUUACAUUGUGCCAUUUGAACACAUACACACACACAUGCACGUAAAGUAGAAUGUCGCUUUUGAAAACUUGCACGCGUAUCAGUGUCACGGACAAAUUGACACUUUCGUUGCACGCGUUACCGAAUAAAAAUCAAAUACUGGCGAUUCGAUUUGAGCUCACAUUUUAUGAGACGGCCAUAAUAUUAAACCUUCUAAGCUACAUAACAUCGAACGAUAUGCCAUCCUUUUUCCUUUCCGUUACCUUAUUUUACUGACGGUUACGCGUUAUAUGGAUAAGCGCAGCUUUAUCUGUAUAACAAUGAAAUAAUAGAAACAUACUAGAAGGUAAGAAGACAAUUUGCAAAGUGAAGUCGAUAAGUGUUUUAGCGUCCUAUCAGACUAUGUAUGUAAUGUACCAACCAAAAAAAAAAAAUGUUACCAAUGUCGAUGACUCUUACCCAUAACUUAUUGAUAAAAAGUAAUAACGAAAAUACAUACCGUUAAGACGAAUACGUAAAUACCACGAGAGAUAGUCAUCGUUUGUUGUAUGUUUUGAACAUAUGUAUAUGCAUAUACAUAUAUAAAUAAUAUGUAAACAGCCGGUGAUUUAGCGUUAUCACGCCUGUCGGCCAAGGGCGCAGAUUCCUCUGUUCACACUGUACGAUUUAGCAAUAAAUUUUAAUUUUCCCAACUCUGCCCGUCACAUUUUAUAGGGGAUGCCGUGGUAACGCCGAAUCACAACACACGUAGCUAAAGUGUAUCAAGUUGCGAGUAUAAGUAUACUUAUUUUCUCAGAAAGGAACACAUUAAAAUAUUAAAUAUUACAUAAUAUAUACAUAAUAAAAUAUCUCCAUUGUGUA